AUGGAUAGCGGCCAGAUCCCGACAAAAGGAUUCUACACAUUAUCGCCCGUCUUUGAACUUUAUGGACCGCUUCAUGGCCGUGGCGACUGCAUGCGUUGCUUUUCACCCACGUGGAUCCGUAUGCCUACUCCUUGCAGAUCAUUCGAUGUGAAUUGCUGCGAAGAAAAGACGGGAAGAGUUUGGAUUAACACCACAGAUAACGUUUUCAAAUUGUGCCUGUAUAGUGAUAAUAAAUGCUGA